GGGGCGGAGGACACACAGAGGGACAGAAAAAGGGGGAGAGAAAGAAAGAAAAGAGCCUGUGCGUGUUUUCGCAGGCGGAGUUUCGUUCUUGCGCACCGUUGGAAUUCACUGUCUCUUUAUUUUUUCCUCGGGAUUGCUUGAGGAGACAGAAGGAGCAAGAACGCGCCGUAAGCGAGCAGAUGUUAUAGCUGGACUAUCCCUGUUUCCAGCCUGACAAUCGAGCGUAUCAUCUACUAAAAUGUGGCAGCCUGCGUCGGAGCGAUUGCAGCAUUUACAGACCAUGCUAAAGACCAAACUCAACGUGCUGACGCUCCGGAAGGACCCGCUGCCUACAGUGAUCUUUCAUGAGCCAGAAGCCAUCGAGCUGUGCUCCACCACACCUCACACGAAGAACCGCACACACACAGGAUAUAAGGUGACCUACCUUGGCAAGGUGACGAUUUCCGGCACUCACUUCCUUUCCGGCUGCACCGAGUCGGCUGUGGUGGGAUUAUGGGACACCAAGCGGACGUCUGUGGCCCACGAUGACUCCAUCACCUCUAGCAACGCCAUACUGGAAAUCCGGCCAUUCCAGGUACGACUGCAUCACCUGGACGACCGGGGCGAGGCCACGGUGGCCAUGGACACCUUCCAGGUGGCUCGCAUCGCGUACUGCACGGCGGAUCACAACAUCAGCCCCAACGUCUUCGCCUGGAUCUACCGGCAAAUCAACGACGAUCUGACCUUCCAGAUGGACUGCCACGCCGUGGAGUGCGAGAGCAAACUGGAGGCCAAAAAACUGGCGCACUCCAUGAUGGAAGCCUUUAAGAAAACCUUCCACAGCAUGCGCAGCGACGGACGCAUCCACAAGAGCGGCUCGUCCGACGAGUUCUCCGAAGAGGCGAGCACACCCGACGACGGCUGAGAGUCACGGGGUGGGGGGGGGGUCUCUUUACGUCUUUGUGCCAUAAUAGAAUAUCCAGAAAAAUAACCACAACAAAAAGAGAACGCGAAUGGAAAUUCAAACCACAAACCAAGAAACUAGUCUGCCUUUUUUCGAUCUCGGCUGCCAGACAGUUCGUGCCCGUUUUACUAAAGCGUCCGAGCGUCAGCGUACUUUACCACAGUCACACUCCCACUUGAAAGCUGCUGGUUUUGAUAUGGCGCGUGUGAAUUGGCAAGAACUUGUUACACGUUCACCUGUUAUGUUACUUUCGUUUUGCCGAUCAAAACCUUUGGAUCUUGGAGUUCCUGAUGUGCGUGCAGAAAUCUUUUAUGUCGUUUUUUAGAUAAUGCAGAGGUGUGUUUCCUCUGCUAAGUAGAGUUUCAGAGAGAUAAAAAAGAUAUAAUUUUGAUAUUUAUGGCAGGCAGCCAGCCUAGGGCAUUUCUUUACCUUUAUCGGGCCAUAGAAGCGUAAUUAUAGGGACCAUGCAUCGAUUUCUAUGUGUUUUUUUUUUUUUUUUUUUUUAAGAUACCAAAAGCGUGCAAGUGUGUGUGUGUGUGUGUGUGUGUGUGUGUGUGUGAUCUAGGGUUUGUUUGUUUGCAGCUCAUGAGCCUUUGAUUAACUAUGGAACGGGUUCUCUACUACAAGCUGAGUGUAGUUUAGUGCGUUUGUGUGCGUGAGGUGUUUUCCGACAGAAAAUACCAGCGCUUGUGUUAAACGAAAUGUCGAAAGCGAGACGUUCCAGAUGCAUCUGUAUUUUAAAGCCAUAGUUCACCCAAAAUUAAAAUUCUGCCAUCAUUUGCUCAACCUCAUGUCGUUCCAAACCUGUAUGAGCUUAUUUUUCUGUUGAGUACAAAAGAAGAUAUUUUGAACAAUGUUGGUAACAAACAGUUGCGUUAGCCAUCGACUUCCAUAGUAAAGAAAAAAAAAAAAAAAAAGUAAAUUGCUACCGGCAGCUUGUUUGGUUACCAACAUUCCCCAAAUAUUCUUCUUUUAUGUUGAAUAGAAGAAUUCAUUUUUGGGUGAACUAUUUCUUUAACUCUUGCAGGGCUUAUAGGUGCGGUCACGUUUACCCUUGUUCUGAUAGUAGUCCGCAAGAUUGGGAGCUUUGUGAGGAGGAAACAGUUCACCAUGCAGAUUUCGCUUGGUUUGAAAGUGGCUUCUGUGCGAGCUGUGCUUUAUACAUUGCUACGCUAUUUAUAGUAGACCUUUUUUACGCGAAAUGUCUCUGAAAUAUUGAUAUUGUGACUGCACCUAUAGUUCACGGUUGUAAACACAAACUUGUGACGGGUGCUUUCGAAACGAUGCUUCAUGAAGCUUUAAAACAUUUAUAACCCCCAGCAAAUGAGGCUUUGUAAUGUUUCAAACCUGUCGAUCAUUGGUUUUAACUGAUUCCGGGUCAUUUUUAAUUGAUUUUAACGAGCUUUAAUUGAUUUUAAAAUGAUACUUAAUCGCUUCUAAUUGACCUAGUUUGCCUAGCACUGCCUAACCAUGCAAAAACAAGGCCUACAAUUUAACAAAACACAAAUUUUAAAGAACCUUCAUAUGUAAUUAUUUGUUGAUUUACAUUUAAUAGAUUACACUUUCAUGAAAAUAUUUGCUGUCGGUUUGUAAAAGUUGUCAUUAUGCACGUUUGGGCUGAGUUUUUGUUACAUUUACAUCUUUGUGACCAGCAGGUGCCGCCAGGCUGUGGAGCUUUUGUGUGCUUUGAAACAGUGAAUGAUUUUAUGAAGCAAUUGAUUCCAAGCUUCAAAAAGCAUUGUUUCUCCCAUCAUGAACAGAUCUUGUUAUUGGUCUUCGUUCACAUACAGGGUGUUGGGACGUCUUUCUGGUGGAUUUAGAGAGAACUGUGUUAAUGUUUUGUGCAGGGAGAGGGAGGACCCCAAAAGCAUAGCUGCCCCAUAGAGUGCCUGUCUGCACCCCCCAAAUGCUGAAUGUAUGAAGUCUCUUGUGCUGCAAGCGCUAUAUAUGUACUGGUACUGAAUGCCUUGUUUGAUUUAUUAUUAUUUUAGAUUUUGUUUUAUGUGUAUAUAUAUACAUUUGUAUUUGCAGGUAAUUUGGAAGCUGUAUAGUGAUUUAGAGUCACUUUUUGUACAAGAUGUCCAGCACGUGUGUGUAAUACAAUGCAUGCGUGAUUUUACAUGUGGCUCCACUCACCUGUGAAAACCCUGUUAUGGGACGAUGGAUUGUGGAGCAUCGAGCAGAUGAAUAAACGGACUCUAUUUUGAAUUCUGAUUUGGAAUCGGAUUCUAAUUGGGAUUGGGAUUCUGUUGGAGUGCAUCUGGCAUUGAACAUAAAUAUAAAGAAAUAUAUAUAUGAAAGAUAUAUACAGUGUAUUUGAAUGCUUGUGUAAAUACAAAUGUAUCCAUUUUUUUCUUUUAAAUACUGCAUUAAAUGUUCGAUACUUUGAAUAAAGUGACAAGCACCAUUAAAGAAAUCAGUAUUAUGGCCAACUGUGAAUUUGGAUCGGGAGCGGAGGGCACCCUUCAUUGUGAGUGAUGAAAUGUCAGGGGAGAAUGAGGAUGAGUGUCUCUGUUGUUGUUGUUGUUGUUGCUGUUUUUUUUUUAAUUUGUAAAAUUGUAGAUGAACAUUCUCACUACAUGUCUUAAUGGCUCAGACUCGCUUUAAUGUUUUGAAAUGUUACCAUAUGUGUUUUCUAUGCUGUAUUUGCAAAGAUAAACGAUACAGUCAUAUAUAAACUAUUUACCAAGCUAAGUUGUUUCUUUUCUGUUAUUUUUUUUUUUACACAUAUUAUCAGGCUGUUAUGUAUGGGUCAGGUUUU